CACGCGGGACGGAUCCGCAGCCGCGCCCGGAACAGCAUUUACUUUGGAUUUAAUUUAAUUUUGUUUUGUCUCUCUGCAGUUUUUCAACACCUGCGGACUAAUGUGAGUAUGUUGACAUCGAUACUGUUUCUAUUAUUUUAGGCGUUCGUUUACUUUAUCAAUGCUUUGAAUAGCAUUGAUUGAUCAGAUCUGUUGGUAAAAUAAAGUCACCAACAGAUAUUACUUGACCACAACACAGUUCACAACCAUUAGAAAUGCUGGUGCACAAUGCAAUGCUUUUAUAGAUGCUGUUAUGAAUGUGAUGAAAUCUGUUCUACAAAUCUGUUGCCUGGAAAAUGUUCUUUUAGUGGUUUAAAAACAGAAUACUAAAUCUCACCUGCCACAAUCUCUGUUCAGUGUGAAAUGACCCGCUUCAUGUUUGGUCGGUGUCCAUUUUCAGAUUUUCAAUUUAGAGAACAGAUGAUAAACUAUAGCUUUUGGUUAAAAAAAAUAAAUAAAAUGAGGACAACUACAAAUAUUGCUGAAACUGCUGGAUAAUCAUAGUCAGUGGAAGAUGCAGUCCAUCAGUGAAAUAGCUCUUUUUCACUGAUGAGUGUUCUGAAUCACAAACCAAAUAAAGCCGUUUACUGUUUGAACAACACCAGACUCAAUAGUUAUGGAUUGUAGAGCAACAGAAAACCGGUUGAAAUGUUUCAUGAUCAACAAAUGACAAACACCUUUUAAAAUGUCCUUCCUGGGCGCCGGUGCUGCCCCUUUACUAUGAAUUUAAAAAGUUGUUUUAUUUUUUUAAGUAAUUAUCCCAAAAAUCUGUACAUUAGCUGAAAUAUCAAAUCCGCGGAUUGAAUAUUAUAAUUCAGACAUUAUUUUUACCCCCAACGCUUCCAUUCUGGUAUUUUUAUAAUCCCAUAGCUCUCCUGAUAUUCAGACUAGAUGCUUGUGUAAAAACUUGUUUGAAUUAGCUUAGUCAUAAAAUGUUUGUAAAACAUAAUUUUGCUAACAUAUACCUUUUUUGUGCUGUUGGUUGAAUAAUGAGGUGGUUUAUGGACCAGACCCAAGUAGCAGAUAUUUAAAGAGGAACUCGUCAAACAUAAAUACUCAAUAACUUCAUGACUACAUAGAGCGAGUCUUUUACUUUCAUAAUUGUAAAAAAAUAAAAAAAAAUAAAAAAAUAAAGUACCAUGCAUAUAACACUUUCUGGCUUAAGGUGGGAAGCUGUAGUGAUGGCGGCUGCAUAUAUAAGUCACUCAAAAAUCUCAGCAGUGAGAUUCUGUUAAACCUGUUGAGUUUGUUUUCCCUCCUAAAACUGCUAUGCAGCCCACUUGUCUUGAUUGGUUUCCAGGUGUUGCUGCAGGAAGUGCUGAACCCCCCCAACCCCAUGCACCUAAUGUGAUUUGUUAGAGCCGAGUGUCUUUCCACCUCAGUGAGCAUCAGAUGACUGCUCCCUCCCUGGCAGCCUCUGUGUUACGCACGCAGCUAAUUUCUAACUUCUCCUCUUGCAAAUGCAAAUACAUGCAGAUAAAUCUUUGGCUUAAACUUCAUGAACAUGACUGCGUCCUACUUGCUCUCUUUCCCUUCGGCAAGUCUCCGCGCCGCCCACCAAAAUGCUGACUCCGUGCUGAGGGGUCGGAAAAUGAACGCCUCGUCCUGCUGCGCUGCCCCCGUCGCCAUGUAUCAGCAGAGCUCAGGAUCUGACCUCAAUGCCAGCUGCGACCUCUGGGCUCCUCGCUGCAACUGGACGGCCGUGGACGGGACGCCGCGGCUCCCCACGUUUUCCACGGCGGCGAAAGUCAGAGUGAUCGUCACCUUCAUCCUGUGUGGCGUGUCCACCCUCUGCAAUGUGGCAGUGCUCUGGGCGGCCAGCGGCCACCGGCGCAGAUCUCACGUGCGCGUGCUGAUCGUGAACUUGACCGCAGCGGAUCUCUUGGUCACCCUCAUCGUGAUGCCCGUGGACGCCGCGUGGAACAUCACCGUUCAGUGGCUGGCCGGAGACCUGGCCUGCAGGUUCUUGAUGUUCCUCAAGCUGCAGGCCAUGUACUCCUGCGCUUUUGUCACCGUGGUGAUAAGUCUGGACAGGCAGUCGGCGAUCCUUGACCCCCUGCAGAUCAGCAUGGCUCCGAAGAGGAACAGGGUCAUGCUGACGGUGGCGUGGAUAAUGAGCGCUCUGCUCUCCGUCCCUCAGGUCUUCAUUUUCCACAACGUGACGAUUACGUAUCCAGCAAACUUCACUCAGUGCACCACUAGGGGGAGCUUCGUCACUCACUGGCAGGAAACUGCCUACAACAUGUUCACCUUCUCCUGGCUCUUCCUGCUGCCUCUGGCCAUCAUGAUCAUCUGCUACAGCCGGAUCUUCAUCCACAUCUCCAAGCAGAUGACAAAAAAGAAUGUGUCCUCUGAUGAACCGCGUCUUCGCUGCUCAAAGAACAACAUCCCAAAAGCUCGGAUGAGAACUCUGAAGAUGAGCGUCGUCAUCGUGGUCUCCUUCAUCGUCUGCUGGACUCCCUACUACCUGCUGGGACUCUGGUACUGGUUCUUCCCCGACGACCUGGAGGGGAAAGUCUCACACUCCCUCACCCACAUCCUGUUUAUCUUCGGGCUUUUCAACACCUGCCUCGACCCGAUCAUCUACGGCCUCUUCACCGUGCGCUUCAGCAGGAGGCCGAGGAGCCGCCGAAGCAGGGCCACCGUGAUCUCCAGGCUGGACGCCAAGCCGGUGACGGCAGAGUCCGUGAAAUGCACUCUGGCUGGAGGAUCCGCCAAGGGUGGAAGGGACGGCAGCUGUGAACCAAAUGAGCAAAAAUCCACCGACAGCAGGCUCUGAAUGCAUGCAUCCACUGACGAUGGGGGGGCACAGAAAGCAAUAUGUGAAGAGAAACAAUAGCAAGAAAUGUAACUUUUAUUUGUCAUUGUUACUGGACUCAAACUAACUCCCAUAUGCAUGUGUGAAAGGAUCUUUAUCACUCAGUAGAAUCCAGAUUUGAAGGUGGGUAAUGAGUUUAUUGUUCUCACUGUGCAUCUUAUAUACAGGCCGUGUCUGCAAAUGGCUUCAGCGUUUGGUCAUUAAAGAGCUUAAAGAACUGCUCGCGGUACAUAAAGGGGCAGUAUGAUGUGUUUUCCAAACACAUGGUAUCGUUUUAUAGCACAAUCAAGUAACUAUGUUACCUUCAGUUAUAAAAAUGCUAUGUAUAUCAAAUGUGACUUAAAAACAAUUGUACUUCCCAAUUUAACGCCUUGAAAUUGGGCCUCUGUCUCUUUUAAAACUCCUCUUCCUUCUGAAGCUCUGCCUUCAGGAACUCAUCACAACAUGGUUCCUCUAUUAACCCUUUAACAAUGAUUUUACCAGCGUUUCACUGAGAAACAGCUCCUGUAACGAGCUCAGCAGAUGUGCAGUUCCACCAGGUGUUUGCUAAUUGCUGCUGGCUAGUCUGCAGGAACUGUGAGGGGAAGUCGCUUCUCUGUGAGGUGGACACUUGGAAACUGCAGCCCUGAGGAGGAGCUGCGUUCCUGAAGGCGGGGCUAGCUCCACUCAGGUGUUUUCCACAGCUGACUGGUUGCCAUGGGAGAUAAAAGGAUUUCUCAAACAUGCAUGAAAGAAUCAAAGCAACGCUAAAAGAAUGUUUUUGAUGAGGGAAUAAAGUUAGAACAGGAUGCCCAAGUUCAAAAAGUUGAUUUUUCAUAAUACUGCCCCUUUAGCUCUCAUGGUCUGGCCUUUAUUAGAUUAUCUAAACUGAGUUCUUUGCAAAAGUAUUCACCCUCUUAUGUACUUUUGCUGUACAUUUACAACC